CACCCAACAACAACAUCACAACGGCCCACCGCAAACAUGGCUUCCGUGACGUCGUUGGACCAGGACAUGAAGAGACUGCGCAUGGGCAGAUACACACCUCAGGCUGCGAACGAGGCGCGAGCGUGGAUAGAGGAGAUUCUGGGCGAGCGGCUGCCUGCUGGAGAUCUGCUUGAUGCUCUGAAGGAUGGGACGGUGUUGUGCAAGCUUGUCAAUCUGGCAGUUCCCAACCCUGGCGUCAAGUUCAAGAAGUCCCCCAUGCCUUUCAUACAGAUGGAAAACAUAUCACAUUUCCUCCGCGCCUGCGAAGUCGCGCCCUUGAGCAUGCCCUCCCACGACCGAUUCCUGACCGUCGACUUGUACGAAGCGAAAGAUCCCGCCCAGGUCCUUCAAUGCUUGAAUGCCUUCAGCAGAGUCGCCAACAGCGUGAAUCCUUCUCACUUCCCGACCACGAUCGGUCCCCGUAGAGGUGGCGGACCGCUGAGCCCCAGUACGACGGGGGCGGGUGCAGGCGCAGGAGGUUUCUCAAACGGAUCAUCGCUGUCAUCGUCUGGGUUUGGGCGUAGUAGGGGUAGCACGACCAGUAAUACGAGCGGUUCGAGUACUUUUAAUCCGCUGUCUCGACCACAGGCCGACCGGGCGCUAAGUCCACAUCUGACGGGCGGAUCCAAUUCCUCCAAAGCUUCAAACGGGAUACCCAAAUCGCCUCCAAGCAACGUGAGCAGUUGGAGCAAGAAAACAGACCAUGGCGUCACCUCACCGGCGUGGAAUAUUCAUCAGUAUGGAUACAUGGGUGGUGCCAGUCAGGGCAACCAAGGCAUCGCUUUCGGUGCGCGGCGGCAGAUCACUAGUGCUGGUCCCAAUGUGCCAAGUUUAGCGGAAAAAGAGCGGAAGCGAAAAGAAAAGGAAGCAGAGGACGAGCGCCUGCGGAUUAUGGCAGAAGAAGCAGAAGAGAAACGCCGUGUCGAGCGUGCGGUUGAGGAAGAGCGCAUGUGGGAGGAAGAAUCACGGAAACAGCGGGAAGCCAAGCAGCACCGCAUCGACCAGCAGAAGCGUGAGUGGGAAGAGCAGGAGAGGCAGUGGCAAUUAGAAGAGGAGCAGCGGCAAAGAGAAGAACAAGAGGCACAAGAACGAUUCGAGCAAGAGACCCGGCGUAAACGUUCCGGAAGCGACGCCAGAUUGAAGGGCCAAUACCUGAGCCAGUACCAGGCAGAGCAGGCGAGCAAGCCCCGGAGUCGACGAAACAGUCAACACGUACCGGCAGAACAGAAUGCGGAACAGGAUAGAAUCCAAGAACUGGAGCGCCAGCUUGAAGAAGCGAAAGAGCGUGAGCGACGAUACCAACAGGAGCGUGAAGAACGAUCGCGAGAUGAUGAGCGCCGGAAGAUGCGGUCACGAUCUAAGAGUCGCACUCGAGAAAGAUCUAAGAGUCGUUCUCGCCCUCAGCCUCCACCACGCGCUCCCUCCCCACAAGAUAGCACUGCAUCGUGGGCGCAAGCCGAUGACCGUGAAUAUCUGCGGAAGCAAUGGACAGAGACACAAAUGCUACCCCCAAGACCGCUACCAGAGCCCACCACACCACGACCUCUACCCGACCCAACUACACCGCGACCACUCCCGAGCCCUACGUCUAGACCUCUCCCAGAUCCAUCCGCAUACGCGAAACAAUACCGCGCAGAACCUUCAUCCGGCUACUUCCCAUCCAAAACCCCUCCACCCAUCGCUCCCAAGCCCACGAAACACAUCCCACAGGAACUCACAUCGACCUCGGAGCAUGCAGCCGAAGACGCGCGCCGCAAAGCCUCCCAAACAAAAACCAAAGCUCUCGGCGUCGCAACCCGCUCGCUUCUCGAACGUGAGAUGGAGCGCGAGCGUGAGCGCCAGCGUGAAUGGGAGGAAACUCAGCGCGCUAUGAAAAAUGCGCCCAAAGAUCCCAACGCGGGAACUUCUGAGGGACAGUCGUGGGAUGUCAAUCAAUAUGGGUACAUGGGCGGUGAUAGUCAGAAUAAGGUGGGUAGCGGAAUCGGGAUUGGGGGGAAGAGACAGAUUUUGGGACCCAGGCCUUUUGGGCCAAGAUGAUGUGUCUUCUCGGUCGUGGAACUGUGG